AUGCACCGUCGUCGACAACAAUCUGCCCGCCUUGGUCCUUACAGCGAACACGCCAGAGAUCUGUUGCGUAGCCGCUGUGACGACUUCGUCCUUGCAGCGAUCUACGAAAUCCCAUGGUGGUGGCGGUGGUUCAAUGGUGUUGGUGGCGCUGAUACUGGAGUCAUGAGUGGAGCAACAAUAUACAUACAGGAAGAAUUCAAAAUCUCUGACGUCCAGAUAGCGCUCCUAGUAGGGACCAUAAAUCUCUCCGACCUUUUCGGCGCCGCCGUGGCGGGUCGGACCUCCGACUGGAUAGGACGCCGUUAUACCAUAGUCUUCGCAGCGGCAAUCUUCUUCGCUGGAGCUCUUUUAAUGGGUUUCGCCAACGGCUAUGCGCUUCUUAUGGUCGGCAGGUUUGUGGCCGGGAUCGGAGUUGGGUAUGCUAUGAUGAUAGCUCCUGUGUACAGCGCCGAGGUAGCUCCAACGUCAUCUCGUGGAUCCCUCACUUCUUUCCCUGAAGUUUUCAUCAACGCUGGUGUAUUGCUAGGAUAUGUAUCUAAUGUUGUAUUUUCCAAGCUUCCAGCAAAAUUGGGGUGGCGAUUUAUGCUUGGUUUUGGUGCAGUUCCACCAAUUUUUCUAGCUUUAGGUAUCCUAGUCAUGCCCGAGUCACCCAGAUGGCUAGUCAUGCAAGAAAAAAAUGCAGUUUACGAAGAUUCAAACCAAGCCAAGCGGCCAAAGAGAAACAAGUUUGCUAUAGGAUGCACCAUUUUAGCUUCCAUGACGUCAAUCUUACUCGGAUAUGAUACUGGAGUCAUGAGUGGAGCAACAAUAUACAUACAGGAAGAACUCACAAUCUCUGCCGUCCAGAUAGAGAUCCUAGUAAGGACCAUAAAACUCUACGCCCUUUUCGGCGCCGCCGUGGCGGGUCGGACCUCCGACUGGAUUGGACGCCGUUAUACCAUAGUCUUCGCAGCGGCAAUCUUCUUCGCUGGAGCUCUUUUAAUGGGUUUCGCCAACGGCUAUGCGCUUCUUAUGGUCGGCAGGUUUGUGGCCGGGAUCGGAGUUGGGUAUGCUAUGAUGAUAGCUCCUGUGUACAGCGCCGAGGUAGCUCCAACGUCAUCUCGUGGAUCCCUCACUUCUUUCCCUGAAGUUUUCAUCAACGCUGAGAUCCUAGUAGGGACCAUAAAUCUCUACGCCCUUUUCGGCGCCGCCGUGGCGGGUCGGACCUCCGACUGGAUUGGACGCCGUUAUACCAUAGUCUUCGCAGCGGCAAUCUUCUUCGCUGGAGCUCUUUUAAUGGGUUUCGCCAACGGCUAUGCGCUUCUUAUGGUCGGCAGGUUUGUGGCCGGGAUCGGAGUUGGGUAUGCUAUGAUGAUAGCUCCUGUGUACAGCGCCGAGGUAGCUCCAACGUCAUCUCGUGGAUCCCUCACUUCUUUCCCUGAAGUUUUCAUCAACGCUGGUGUAUUGCUAGGAUAUGUAUCUAAUGUUGUAUUUUCCAAGCUUCCAGCAAAAUUGGGGUGGCGAUUUAUGCUUGGUUUUGGUGCAGUUCCACCAAUUUUUCUAGCUUUAGGCAUCCUAGUCAUGCCCGAGUCACCCAGNUUCCACCAAUUUUUCUAG